AUGUCGUUUUCCCGGUUUUCUAGAGGAAGCCAUUUCUUUUCUUGCAGCAAAGCCCUUCUUCACCAAGCCCCCAUUUUAUCCAGGUACCCGCUUAAUGCUUUGGGUUCUUACUCAAAGUAUGAUUCUUUUGGCAAUAUACGCGUGCGCACAUUUGGAUUUGAAUCCCGGGGUUUCAUGUCGAAUCGAGGAUAUAAAUUGAGAAAUUGUAAUCUGCAAGAAUUAUGUUCCAUCAACUUUGGCCGGCAAUAUUCUACUCAUGCUGCCACAGAAAUGAAAUCCAAGAAGAUGCUCUUAUACUUGACUGGAUUAGUAUUUGCUAUGGUGGGGUGUAGCUAUGCGGCGGUCCCUUUAUACAGGACAUUUUGUCAAGCUACUGGCUAUGGGGGUACUGUUCAGCGUCGGGAGAGUGUUGAAGAUAAGAUUGCCCGUCACACAAAGGAUGGAACUGUCACAUCUAGGGAGAUUGUUGUGCAGUUCAAUGCUGAUGUAGCUGACGGAAUGCCCUGGAAGUUUAUUCCGACACAGAGAGAGGUAAGGGUUAAGCCAGGGGAGAGUGCUCUUGCAUUUUACACUGCUGAAAAUAAAAGUGCAACUCCAAUAACCGGUGUAUCUACAUAUAAUGUAACUCCUAUGAAGGCUGCUGUUUAUUUUAACAAGAUACAAUGUUUUUGCUUUGAGGAGCAAAGGCUUCUCCCCGGGGAACAGAUUGAUAUGCCGGUAUUCUUUUACAUCGACCCAGAAUUCGAAACGGAUCCAAAGAUGGACGGUAUCAACAACUUGAUUUUGUCAUACACAUUCUUUAAGGUUUCUGAAGAGAAUUAA